ACACUGUCCGUCCCCGCACCUCUUCCCCCAACCUUGAACGGCAAAAGUUUGGUGAUGGCGGACCCUCUAUCUGUCGGGGCGAGUCUCUUGGCCUUUAUCGGGCUUGCGGACCGCAUUAUUCGGCUAAGCAAAUACUGUAUCGAUGGGCUCAAAGACGCGCCGAGCGACUUUCGCAUGAUUCAUGGCGAAGUGUCGUCCCUCCGAACAAUUGUUGACGACCUAACAGGAAUCGACCAGCUGUCUCUCUUCGCCAAGGGCGGCCCCCUUGAAGCUUGUUACCGCUGUCUCUCUAACCUAGAGGGCCUUCUUCCUACCGACGCGAGCCAGGGUCAGGGUCAGGGUCAUCGCCGCCGCCUCACUAUCGCCGAGCUUGCUUGGCCGCUGAAACAGAACAAAGCUAGGAAAUUGCUAGCUGAACUCUCGCAGCACAAAGCUACUCUACUCCUGAUGAUGUCCGGUGACAUCAUGUGAGCCGCUCAUGUUGACGAUCAAUCGUUAGUACGGAUUGCUCAUUUUGUUCUAUUAGUCACGAGCUGCAAGGUAUCAAAACAAGCAUCCAAAAGUUGC